CAGGCUGUGGCACUGGUGCCCCCAGAGUGAGGAGAGGAUGGGGAGCGAGGGAGCGAGCAAUGCUUUGGGUCCUUUGCAAGUUGGUGUGCACCUCAUUGUGCUGCUUUGUAUAUUCAGACACUCAAAGUGCAAUGCUGAAGUGAAUACUGGCCAGUCCCCGGGGAUGCACAUUCCGACCAGAGGAGAAGGGAACCAGACAGAUCCAGGACCUGGUAGCAAGCAUCAACCUUUGGUUUUUAAUCACAUCUACAAUUUUAAUGUCCCUCUGGGAUUUCCCUGCACAUUGGAACCUGAAUCUCCAGAAGAAGCAAGCUGGGUAUCCCAACAAUCAGAUAACACAGCAGAUGCUGAGAGUCAGAUAACCUUUACACACAGUAUCCGAGUUCCACAGAGGUUGUGUCAGUGCUACACAGCCCCUCAUGCUGUGCAGCAUCUCCUUAGCAGAAUUGAGGCUCUGGAAAGGGAGGUGAUGCUGCUCCGAGAGCGCUGUAAUGAGAGGGGAUGCCAGGACGUAGAAGCUACAGGUCUCACGGAAUUUGCACCUCCUUGCAGUGGUCAUGGUAACUUCAGUCUGGACUCCUGCGUGUGCAGCCAAGGCUGGGGAGGAGAGAACUGUUCAGAGCCUCUGUGCCCACUAGGCUGCUCUGGGAGGGGCACCUGUAUAGAGGGCAUCUGUGUAUGUGAGCCAGACUACACCGGCGAGUGGUGCACAGACCUGCUGUGUCCAGAGGAGUGCAGCCCUCAUGGGCACUGUCAAGAUGGACAAUGCUUGUGCCAAGAGCCAUACACGGGUGUCAGCUGCAAUGAACUCCGCUGCCCAGGUGACUGCUUGGGAAAAGGACGUUGUGCCAAUGGGACCUGCGUAUGCCAAGAUGGUUAUGUCGGAGAGGAUUGCGGGCGCAUGUGGUGUGUGAAUGCCUGCAGUGGCAGAGGGCAGUGCCAGAAUGGUGUCUGUGAGUGCGAGGAGGGGUACAGUGGGCAGGACUGUUCUGAAGUUGCCCCGCCUGUGGAUUUCACAGUGACUGCUGUUGGAGAUCACUGGAUGGACCUGACAUGGCAAGGAACGUCUGCUGUGACAGAGUAUGUCAUUUCAUACCAGCCUGCAGUGCCAGUAGAGUGGGGAACUCAGCAGCGGUUACAGCAAAGGGUCCCUGGAGAUUGGAGUGCUGUCACCAUCAGAGAACUGGAGCCUGGAACAACCUACAAUAUCAGUGUCUGCUCUGUCAUCAGUGACAUCACCAGCGAACCUGCCAGCAUCACUAUGUCCACUCAUAUUUCUCCACCCAAAGGACUGCAGUUUAAAAAUGUGACUCAGACCUCGGUGGAGGUGCAGUGGGAGCCCCCUUUGUUCUCUAUUGAUGGCUGGGAAAUUAGUUUUACCCCAAAGAAUAACGAAGGUGGGCUGACUGUUCAGCUCCCCAGCAUUGUCACAUCCUAUAAUCAGACAGGACUAAAGCCCGGAGAGGAGUACACCAUCAGCAUAAUUUCACUGAAAGAGCCUGCCAGGAGUCCCCCAACUUCCGGAAGCGUAUCAACUGCCAUUGAUGGUCCCUCCAACAUCUUAGUCAGAGAUGUAUCUGACACAGUAGCCUUUGUUGAAUGGACCCCUGCAAGAGCCAGACUGGACUUCAUUCAGCUACAGUAUGGGCCAAUCAAUGGGGAAGGGGAGAAGACUACUUUCCGUCUACAACCCCCCCUGAGUCAGUACUCCAUGCAAGUCCUGCGGCCUGGCUCACAGUAUGAGGUGUCAGUAUGUGGUAUCCGUGGAGACACACGCAGCGAUCCUGUCACUACAACUUUCACUACAGAACUUGAUGCCCCCAAAAAUCUGCGUGUGAUGGGAAGAGCCUCAACAACCCUGGAACUGGAAUGGGAUAACAGCGAAGCCGAGGGAGAUGGGUACCGCGUUGUCUUUAGCACCCUUGCAGGUGAUCAGUACCAUGAACUCAGAAUACCACGUCAUCCUGGCCAGACAACAAAAGCCACACUUACGGAUUUGAUCCCAGGAACAGAAUAUGGAAUAGGAAUAUCUGCUAUUCGAGAUAAUCUCUACAGCGCCCCAGCAACAAUGAACGCACGUACUGAGUUGGACAGCCCAAGUGAUCUGAUGGUUAAUGGAUCUACAGACAAGACCAUCUCCUUAGUCUGGACCAAAGCUCAGGGCCCUAUUGACCACUACCGCAUCUCUUUUACACCAUCUUCUGGUAUGGCCUCUGAAAUCACAGUCCCCCCUGAAAUCACCCAGUAUGAUCUCACCGACCUGGAAGCAGGAACAGAAUAUACCAUUACCAUAAUCGCAGAGAGGGGGAGACAGCAGAGCCGGGAGACCACUGUAGAUGCUUUUACAGGCUUCCGGCCCAUCACACAGCUUUAUUUUUCUGGUAUAACAGCAUACAGUGUGAACGUCUCAUGGACUGACCCCUCUCCUCCAGCUGACCGCUUCAUCCUGAGUUAUACUCCCAUCGGGGGUGAUGAGCCAAUAGAACUAUCACUUGAAGCCUCAGUAAGGCAAACACGUCUCAUUGACCUGUUACCCAGCACAGAGUAUCUGGUCACCCUCCUGCCCAUCCACGGGACACUAAGAGCAGAGCUGGUGGAGGGAACAGUAACUACAGGAGUGGCACCACCCAUGGAUGUGUCUGUGAUAAAUGUAACAGAAGACAGAAUGACAGUGAUUUGGAGACCACCUCCUUCCUCACUCCACCAUUAUCGACUGUCUUACCAAUCUACUAAAGGGAGGAUGGAUAGUGUGGUGAUUGCUAAUGAUCAGACUCAAUAUUCACUCACCAAUCUACAGCCAACCACUGAAUACAGAAUAAGCCUAAGCUGCGUGUGGGGCCGUGAGGAAAGCGAGAGAGUCACCAUCACUGCACAGACAGCCUUGGAUCCUCCGCUUGGCCUGAGGGCCAGUAACAUCAGUGACUCGGGAGCUGUUUUGCUGUGGGAGCCACCAAGGGCAGACAUUGAGAGUUAUAUAAUCACACUGACACACCACACAGUUUCAGGAGAGACAAUUCUCAUUGAUGGGGACAGCCAGGAGUUUCAGCUGCAGAACCUUCUCCCUCAUACCCAUUACUCAGUCUCCUUGUCAGCCAGCAGCGGGCCUCAAGCCAGCCGGAGCUCUGGUGUCAGCUUUACCACAUUUUUGGAUCCUCCCAUAAACUUGACAGCCUCAGCGGUAUCAAGGACAAGUGCUCUGGUGUCAUGGCAGCCGCCGGUUUCUGCAACCGAAAACUAUAUUCUGACUUACAAAUCUACCAAUGGCAGCAGAAAGGAAUUGAUUGUGGAUGCAGAGGACACAUGGAUCCGCCUGGAGGGUCUGCUGGAGAGUACCGAAUACAAUGUCACUUUACUAUCAGUACUGGAUGGAGAACGAAGUGCUGUCACUCACACAGUCUUCACUACAGGAGGAAGAGUGUUUGCCUAUCCCCAGGACUGCGCUCAACAUUUAAUGAAUGGAGACACUCAAAGCGGAGUAUACACUAUUUCUAUUAAUGGUGACCAGAGUCUGAGUUUGCCUGUGUUUUGUGAUAUGACCACCGAUGGAGGAGGCUGGAUUGUAUUCCAGAGACGUCAUAAUGGGUUGACAGAUUUCUUUCGUAAGUGGUCUGACUACCGAGUUGGCUUUGGAAACUUGGAAGAUGAGUUUUGGCUGGGUCUGGACACCCUUCACCAGCUGACGUCUCAGGGCCGCUGUGAACUGAGAAUUGACAUGCGUGAUGGACAGGAAGCUGUGUAUGCCUAUUAUAACAAGUUUUAUGUGGGCGAUCCACGCAGCAUGUAUAAACUGCGCAUUGGUGACUACAAUGGAACCGCAGGUGAUUCCCUUACUUAUCACCAAGGGCGUCCAUUCUCCACCAAGGACAGAGACAAUGAUGUGGCUGUAACAAACUGUGCAUCGUCAUAUAAAGGCGCAUGGUGGUAUAAGAACUGUCACCGGACUAACCUGAAUGGAAAAUACGGAGAGACAAGACACAGUCAGGGUAUAAACUGGUAUCACUGGAAAGGACAUGAAUUUUCUAUCCCUUUUGUGGAGAUGAAGAUGAGACCAUACAGCCAUCGUACCAUGAAGAAACGCUCUCUCCAACUCUAAUCUUAGUUGACCCACCAGUCAAACACAUACUUUGCCCCAUCUAUAUAGCAUUGCCCUUUAUCACAUCACCAGCACAGUCACGUAUACCCAUUUUGUUAAGCUUAGACUAUGUCUUUCAGAUCAAUGGUGGGCAAUAUCAUAAUUCUUGAGCGCUUGUAGCACUGGAGUAAUGCAGCACUCUUUUUCAUACAGUUCACUGAGCAAGUAAAUUCU